AUGAAUAUCUUUGGAUUACUUUUGGUUAUUUUAAUAGCUGUAUCCACUUAUGAAGCAUCCCCGAAUGAAACCAAUGCAACAAGUAGCAGCAACUUUACUGAUAUAACCACUACAUUGACUACUUUAAUUACAACAGCUAAUAUCACUACUACAGCAACAAACGCAACAACAGUCACAACUGCAUCGCCUGUAACUAGUCAAACAACAACAAAAGCUUUAACUACAAGCGGAAACACUACAACUAAUUUUACAACUGCUUUUACAACAGCUUCAACGGUGAAUACAACAAAUGCAACAACAGCAACAACAAAGCAAACUUCAACGACUACAUCGAAGCCACCCGGUCGUAAAUUUGAUGGUCUUUCAUUUAUUGGUGGUAUGAUUCUUGCGACUGGUCUUGGUGCACUUAUCUUCCUUGUAAUAACUUAUUUACGUCGUAACAACCAACAACCUUACUCAAAUUUACAAUGA